CACCCUCCUUCCGUUUCUCUCACCAAUUGCAGAAAUCAACAAAAAGAUAAGAAACAAUGGCGACGGAAUAUAAGGAGGUGGAUAAUAGAAGAAGCUCAUCAACCUUCAAUCUGAAGGAUUUGGUGGUCAGGUUUUUGGCACUCGCACUCACUUUAAUCGCUGCAGCGCUUGUUGGACUUGAUAAGCAGACCACAACCGUCGCCGUCACCCUUGUUCCGUCGCUGCCGCCCCUCAACGUCCCCGUCACCGCUAAGUGGACUCACAUGUCUGCAUUUGUGUAUUUUGUGAUCGCGAAUUCAAUUUCAUGCUUCUAUGCAGCAAUAUCAAUAAUCCUAAUUCUGGCAACCAGAGGCGGACAUAAAUAUGCUUCACUGAUAAUCACCAUUCUAGACCUAGUGGUGGUGGCGUUGCUGUUCUCCGCCGUUGGUGCCAUCAGCUCCGUCGGUCUGAUCGCCUUCCGAGGCAACUCACACGUGCAGUGGGACAAGGUGUGUAACGUGUUGGAUAAAUUUUGCCACCAGAUCGCCAUAGCUCUGUUUCUGUCCUUUGCUGGAUGCAUCGCUUACUUUCUGCUCAUCGUCAUCGGUGCUGUGCGUCUUCACAAAAAGUUGUGAUGUGUUUCGUGUGAUUUGAUCUCAAUUUGUAAGAUUUUAUUUGUAUUCUUGUUGUUUUUCAUGAAUACUUUGUUUUUCGGCUACAAAAUCUUGUACCGAUUUUCGUUUUUUUUUUUUUAAAUCUGGAAGUUGAGAUUUAUUGAUGAAUGAUUGCUUUCGUAUUUAUUGUUGUAAUUGAGUUAUCAUGAUUUUGUGGUCAAA